GCUGCCUGGCUGGGCUCCGAGCUGAGUGUUCCUUGUACCGACCGCCACGGCCGCUGCCAUGUCCCCCACGGGACGCAUUGCCGGGGCCGGCUCCGGAGCUGCCGCUUCACGGCUUUGAAGACUGCAGAUGAAGACACACAUUCUAAACAUUUAAGCAUAUUAAAAAUAUUAAUACUCAUGGAAGAGGCACAAGACUUACCAGAACAACCUGUGAAAAAGGCCAAGAUGCAGGAAUCUGGAGAACAAAACUUAAGUCAAGUGAGCACCACAGAAGUCAGUGAUCAGAAAUCUGAAUCUUCAAGCCUUGGCCCAAACCUUCCCAUGUCAAGUGAAAUUCUGACAUGCACUGAUUACAUCCCAAGGUCACCAAAUGACUAUACCUCACAGCUAUAUUCUGCAAAGCCAUAUGCACAUAUCCUUUCUGUACCUAUAUCAGAAACGAUGACCCCUUAUCCUGGUCAGACUCAGUACCAAGCGCUACAGCAGACUCAGCCCUAUGCCAUCUACCCUCAGACAACCCAGACCUACGGACUACCUCCUUUUGGUGCACUGUGGCCAGGUAUGAAACCUGAAAGUGGUUUAAUUCAGACUCCAUCUCCAAGUCAGCACAAUGUUCUUACCUGCACUACAGGGUUAACCACAAGCCAGUCCUGCCCAGCACAUUAUUCUUAUCCUAUUCAAGCAUCAACUACCAAUGCUAGCCCAGUCUCCACGUCCUCGACUGUUGUCAAUAUUUCAACACCAGCUGUAGCCAGCAUCUCGCACCAGGAAUAUCCUACCUACACAAUUCUUGGCCAAAGCCAGUACCAGCCAUGCUACCCAAGUUCUGGCUUCGGGGUUAUAGCGCAAGCAGACAGCAGCAUGGAGAGUACCAUGUUAGCAACCACCACAUAUCCAAUUGAAAAAGCAAAUGCCAUGGUGCCUACACGGACGGCGCAUAGACAUUUAUCUGGAGAUCCAUCCACAAGUCCAUCUUUGCCAAGAGCAACAGCCAGUAAAGAGUUAGAUGAGCAGACUAGGAAAAACAUGGCUGGGAAAAACAGGGGCAAGAGGAAAGCAGAUGCCUCCUCCCCUCAGGACAGUGAACUGGAACGAGUGUUUCUAUGGGACUUGGAUGAGACCAUCAUCAUUUUCCAUUCCCUUCUCACAGGGUCGUACGCCCAGAAAUAUGGAAAGGACCCAACUCUAGUGAUUGGUUCAGGUCUGACAAUGGAGGAGAUGAUUUUUGAAGUGGCCGACACACACUUAUUUUUCAAUGACUUAGAGGAGUGUGACCAGGUGCACGUAGAAGAUGUUGCAUCAGAUGACAAUGGACAAGACUUAAGUAACUACAGUUUCUCCACGGACGGCUUCAGUGGCUCAGGAAGCAACGCAAAUAACAGCUCCACCGUGGGGGCACAGGGAGGAGUGGACUGGAUGAGAAAACUGGCUUUCCGCUACCGCAGAGUACGAGAGAUCUAUGACAAGCACAAAAGCAACGUUGGAGGCCUCCUCAGCCCACAGAAGAGGGAAGCUUUGCAGAGACUACGGGCUGAUAUAGAAGUAUUAACGGAUUCCUGGCUGGGAACUGCAUUAAAAUCCCUACUUCUCAUACAGUCCAGAAAAAAUUGUGUGAAUGUCCUGAUCACGACGACACAGCUGGUGCCAGCUCUUGCCAAAGUUCUCUUGUACGGCUUGGGAGAAGUGUUCCCCAUUGAAAAUAUUUAUAGUGCUACAAAAAUAGGUAAAGAGAGCUGUUUUGAGAGGAUUGUGUCACGAUUUGGAAAGAAAGUAACAUACGUGGUGAUCGGAGAUGGGCGCGAUGAAGAGAUAGCAGCUAAACAGCACAACAUGCCCUUCUGGAGGAUCACGAACCAUGCAGACCUUGUGUCCCUUCACCAGGCCCUCGAGCUAGACUUCCUCUAAGAAGCUGAGAAGACAAAUGUAGCUCCUUUCAAGCCCCUCUCCAGGAGGGGCAGAAAUCUUGUCUAUCUGGGAGCUUUCGUUUCACCUUGAUGAAGAAAUGUAGCUUAUGCAAACUCUACAGUAGGAGGUGACACCCAGUCACUUCCUCAGGAGCACGGGUACUGCCAGGUACAAAGGGGUUUACCCAAAGCAGCAGACACAGUAUAGCUACAGUCUUUAAUUGUUCUCUGUUUUCUAAAGAAGGGAAUGGCUGAGGUUAAGGAGCUCUAGUUGGUAAUCUCCAGAGAUUCACUGUGCAUAUCCUUGUGGUAAUAUAAUAGCAGCAGACUUUUGUAAGAUCCCUCUCCCAUUCUAACCAACUUAGUUAUAGACCCCACAGUGAAUGUAUAGACAUUAUUUUUAUAGAAAAGAGUCUAGCAUCUGGGGCAGGGUUGAACUUUCCCCAUCUUGCAAGGCCAAAAAGUCUGUUAAUUUUUCAUGGGAAAUAUUAAUGAAAAUGACAAAUAUACCUCUGUCACUGUGCAAAUGAGCCCCUCCCCCGCCCCGUCUGUUCAGAAGAGUUAAUUUAGUGCCAUUUCUUUAGAUUGUUUUGUUCCAAGGCAGCUUCACUGAAUAGUAACAAGGGAGAAGGGCAUGUAUCCAGGACUUGUAGUUCCCCGUAUAGGAAAAGAUCGGCUUUCCUAGUGAACCCUUGGGUCUCUAUUCAGUCACCACAGACCCCUUCCCCUGGGCCCUGUCUCCCAGCUAAGAAUUACCAAUUUCUAGCCUCGCCAAUGGCCAGUGAUCUGGACUACAAAGUGAUGGGCACUAUAGGAACAUGUGCUGUAUUUCAUUCAGCGCUGCUGAUGUGGUGGGAGGUUCUUCACUUGGCCACCAGUGAUUUAAGGCACAAUUAUUCUUUCAAAUUAUAUUAGGAAAAGAAAUGUCAAUGGGCUUUCUGGGCUGUUUCUUCCAGUUCCAUCCGUGUCCAUUAAGUUCCUGUUGGCAGAAUCAGGUUCAGUUGCUUGGAUUUCUCUUUCCACUAAACUACAGCCCCAGUUACACCCAGCAAAAAUCCAUUUGUCAGUGGAAUUCUGUUUUCUAGGACAACUGAGACCGAGAGCCACUAGCAAUGAGUGGAGACACUCACCCACC